CUGUGUAUAUAUAAAGUGGCAAACCCCGGAAACGUAGUCGCUUAAAGGGACAGAGAAAGCAUUUCAGGCAAAGGUUGGAACAACGAAAACAGCUGCGAGCACAAAAAAGACAGGCAGAGAGAGGAAGGGACGUAGUCGGCCAACUAGCGAGCUAGACAGAGAGGGAGGACGAUAAACUGCCCGAGUUUUUCACCCUUUAAGUCUGGUUUCCAACGGUUGUUCCUCUCGAGCUCGAUUUACGUGCUUCAACGUCUGCGACCUGGAAUUAGACAACGCACAGUCAACACCGCAGGGAGAGAGAUAACAAAAAGGCCAAACUACCAAACGACAAGGACGCGUCAGACUGAGCCACCAGGCUGUGUUUUUCCCUUCUGAGUCCUCUUUUUAUGAGGUGAGUUGGCUCCUCGGUUUUAACAAGCUAGCUCUACCUGUUUAAUCUCCUGAAUGUGCACUUAGCAUAGCUGUCUGUGGAAAAAUGGACAACGAAUCGGGUCGUUAAACUACAGUUAAACGUUUGAACUCUGAACCUUCAGGCUGUCGCAGUUGGAAAUGUAUUUAUUAAGUAAUCUUUGAAAUCUGGGAAAAGAAUGAGCAGAAUCCAGCCUGAGCCAGUUGAUGAGCUGACAGUAGCUUGCAGGGCGUAGGGGGCGUUCCCCUGCUUUGUCUGCUCCAUACACUCUUUCUCUAUGUGUGUGUGUGUGUGUGUGUGUGUGUGUGUGUGUGUGUGUGUGUGUGUGUGUGUGUGUGUGUGUGUGUGUGUGUGUGUGUGUGUGUGUGUGUGUGUAAGGGUGAUAGUAAAAAGUGAUAUCUCGUAAAUCCCACUGUAUUAACCACCAAUACGGAUUUGUGCCUCAUCUAAGUGUAUAUAAAAAAACUAUGAUUCUGUUAUGACUGCACACUCAUGCACACCAAGCAUUGUGUUCCUGUGGAUGUUCGAGCUCAUGCAUCAUGUAUCUGAGAUGAUGACUGCAGUAGGAGGAACGGUGAUGAUCACUGUAAAGCUUACAGCAGAGAGGAUUGAGUGAUGUGGGCGCAUUGUUCCACUGGAUUGCACAUGGGAGUUGCAUUGCUUCAUGCAGGGGAGGAAGCACUGGUGUUGGCCCAGCAUGUAUAAAACCUAUGAAGUGUUCAUGUACAAUCAGUUGUUACUGUGGUAUAUAUAUGCUCAGCUGUAAUGCACUGCUUCCCAUUGUCCUGACAAACAGGGCAUCAUGGCAUUGACAUACACAUUAGGCACACGUGUAUGCAUCUGCACUCACUCUACAAUUCCCAUAUAGCGCACGUGCAUAUAGGAUUCCACCAGCUGUCUCACAUGUAUGGAAACAUAGGAUUUUUUAUGCAUACACACACUCACACACACACAAACACAUGCACACUUUGCAGCAGCAAAAUCCAUCUGCAUGUCCACAUUUUUCUCCCUCUCCUGCUUGUCCUUGCAUUGCUCUGACAGCUACCCCCCACCUCCCAUGUCUGGGAGAAACGAGUGGGCUUUGUCCUCAGCUGAGUGUGACGUCAUGCAGAUCUUUGCAGCAACCAACCCUGAAGGCGAGGUGCAUGCUGUUCAGCAGGCCUGGGUCCUAGGUCUGGGCUUGCCCCAAUGUACAAUCAGUCUUUGACUUGUGUUCCUAAACACUGAAGUACACAUGGAUAUAAAAGAUCUCUUAUUCAGUCUGUUCAGCUGAGACAAAGAAACCUAGAAAAUCCUCUCUCAGCAAAGGAAAAGAAAGGGAGAGAAUGAUCAAAAACCCAGCGAGGAUGCGUGUGGGACAUUUUAAACAUGAAAGACAAACAACACCAGGAAUCCCCUGUGACCACCAGUCUGUUUGCUUACCUCGAUUUGCGUUUCAAUAAAUAUCAAACCUCAGGAAAAAGCAAUCUUCAGUUCUGGAUUAUUUGCCUUCUAAGUGAAGUAAGAGUCUGGUCCUCAGUGUCAUGUUUUCAUGGUAAGGUAGAACCAUCAGUACCUUGUUAGGCCAUUUAGAAGAGGAGUGUAUCAUAGUCAACAUGACAUUAACUCGAGUCUUGUAAUACUGUACGAGCCCAGUUUCUGUUGAUUAUGUCUGAAUAGAUUAGGCCAGGACUAACAAUGUUACAGCCUCUGCCAAGCAUUAGUCUACCAGUAGCACUUCUUACCCCUCAGUUAUCAGGUGGUAGACUGUACAGUUUUAUGCAUGUGUAGUUCAUUUUAUACUACUAAUGAAGGGUGGUGGAGGUUGAGGCCUUGGAGGUGGGGAGCUGCUUCCAUAUGAACAAGGAUUAAUUUAAGUCAAUAAAAACAAAGACGUUUUGAUAUUUAGGUGAUCAUACAUUAAUGUAAACAUAAUUCUAAAUCUUAUAUCCAAUUUCUACCAGGUGUAUUCUGCCAAAUGUCAGUAAUACACACUACAGCUUUAAGGGUCAUUCCAUCAUCCUUUGUGCACAUAACCUAUGUUUUAAAAUAAGGAAUAUACCCUCUGUUCCUUUUUAUGAAUAUACGACUUGAGUGGUUAUGGUUCGUGGUUGCAGUUCUCCUUUUUUAGUGCCUGAACCUGGCAGCACUUUGAAUAUUUGUGUGUUGGGGGUGGCUAUUAAAUGCUUUGAGCUGAUGAAGGCUUGUUGUCAGCCCUCCAAUGUGUCUCUGCAGGAUUUGAUGUCAGAGAUUACACAUGAUUAUGUGGGUUAGAUCCAGUUCUCAACACUGCUCUGGGGCUAUAUUGAUCUCCCUCUCUCUCUCUCGUGAUCUCCCUCUCUCUCUCUCGUGUGUGUGUGUGUGUGUGUGUGUGUGUGUGUGUGUGUGUGUGUGUGUGUGUGUGUGUGUGUGUGUGUGUGUGUGUGUGUGUAUGUGUUUGCAUGAGUUGUUGAGUUGUGGUUGCAUCAUUAUUAGAGUAAAAUUAUCUCUAUUAAAUUAAGAGCCUCUGGCCUAUUAAGGGUUUAUAGGGUUAGGGUAGGUGGCCUCAUCACAAAUAUAGUUUUGUAUGCAUAUGCUAUUAAUCAGUGUCAUAGCAAAUUCAUGUAUUUUUAAUACAUUGCCUUUAGCUAUCACCAAGAACUAGUGCUGGCAAGUAUGCUGACAGGAGAAAUAAAAUUAAAGAGACUCUGUCUCUAAAGAUAAGGAAGUAACACUUGGUCUUACAAGCUUCUUGUUAAUGUAUCAGCACUUAACAGUUCAGUCUACUAAAGAUGUUUUCAAAUAAAUGUCAUCUUUUUCAUUUAAAAGAGUCAACACAAUUUAAAUAUAGAUAUUUACUUGAUGUGUUGUUUGUGGAUGCAGAAACCUGUUGACAAAAGUUAAAAAAAAAAAAAAAAGAUAUACAGGAACAUAGUAAUAUCUUAAUAACUCUGAUCUAGGCCCCUCAGGGAUUGAAGACCUUUUUAGGUUUAAUCUGAUAUGGUUUAAUCUGGUUUGGUUCAGUCCAGUUUGGUUGGUUUGGAUCAGUUGGUUUGGUCUGGUGUGACUUAGUUGUGUUCAGCCUGGUGUGCUCCAGUUUAUUCUCUGUGUUUGAGAAUCACUUCAAAGAGCUAAUGAGUGACGUUUGCAUGACUUUAGAUAAAAGAUAAAACUAACGAGAUGAUAGGUCUGAAAACAAUUAAAACUGUGCACAUGUUGCAUGCAGUCUCAAAGUUAAGAUCUCAAACCAUCAAACAUCUUCAACAGGCUGUUUAAUAUGAUAAAAUCAUCGUUGAGAUCAUGCAGUUCAAGUGGUGUGGGGACAUGGUUUCCUUCUGUCUUUCAAAACCACAGCCUUUGUCUAAAAUAGCACCUUUGCAGCAUAGACUGUAAAAACUGAAACCCUCCCUCUACUACCUUGGAUCUUUCACACACACACACACACACACACACACACACACACACACACACACACACACACACACACACACACACACACACACACACACACACACACACACACACACACACACACAUACACACAUGCAAUAACUCCACUGAGUGUCAGGCUUACCACCAAAGGUUAAAGGUCAGUUAGUCCACUUAACAGUCUGUCAGUAACUGAAACAAGUAAUUCCUCCUUCAAAUUCGCACUUAUACUAGGCAACUCUAAGUCUAUAGCCUUAGCAAACUGUCAUAAAUAGAUUAUGAUGUAUUCAUAGGGAACUGCUGAAAACGCCAAUGACAAACAAUAAAUGGGGAAUGAGUGAGCAUGUAAAAGGUAAGGGAAAGAUAAUAGUAUCAAAGUCUAUUUUAAAUGAGAGCACAAAGCAGUACAGCUUCUGCUCGACCUUGUAAGUGGAAUAUUAUGAGGACUGAAAUUAAGUUGGUGUUUCAACCAUUUAUGCUCCCGCAAUCAUCACUGCAUGAGUAGAAUACUUGCAGAAUGGAAUUAUUAAGAGCUGGCCCAAAUGAAAUAGCUACAUGCUGCUGAUUUAUCUCUCUUUCAUUCAUCAACAGAUCUCCAAAUAGAUUGCUAUACCUCCUUCUCUUUCUCCAUUCACCAUAUGUUGUAGUAAUGAGUCACCAGUAUUGCGUGUUUUUAAGAUACAAUCUUGAGUUUUUUCUCCUGCUCCUUCUACUCACAGCAAACAACUUGAGCCCACAUAGAGCAAGAGAAUGGCAGGGCAGCAGUAUCACCUGCUGAAUAAAUCAAGAUGGUUUGACAUUACACCCUGAGAGGCAAAGGGCUGUGAUAUCCAGUUCUGAACUGAGAGUUUUACCUCUGGCUGUAUUUGUGCUGGCAGCUCAUCCUUGUGAUUUAAUGAUUUACACAUUUAUCAAGCAUUUAAUUGAAUAAAAAUGAGUAGGAAAAUUGUUGGGUUGAACAUAUUAUUUGAUAGUGUCACUUUGAGUUCAGGGUAGAUUUGAAAACUAAAAUUAAAUACUUCCAUUUGUUGUUUUUGAAAGCCAAGGAGUCAUUAAUAAAACAUGGGUUCAAAUAAAGAACUGCCUCUUUGGUGUCAUUGAUAUAACAAAUAUGUGUUGAAUCCACCGCUGGGAGUCUUGAGGGUCGAUUGAGAUUCAUUCUACUCCUAAUGGAUGUCUUAAUGUGCUUACGUACAUGUUAUUUACAAUUCUAUAUGGAGCAUAUGAGCCUUUGAGUCUGUGGAAAUGGCUGCCAUCAUGCAAGCCUCAGAAUCAAUGAGUAGAUGUUGGAAGGCAGAUGUAUCGCGCUUCAUUAUAUAGGUCAGGUCACCACAGAGCUUAUGAAGCUAAGACCUGUUCACUCUCUGCCCCUCUCCCUUUCGACCUUGUCUCUUUUCCUCCAUCCAUUACUCUCUGGUAGAUUGUCAUUUGUCUCACAACCCUCACCAAGCACCACAGCAACCCCCCUCCACUCCUGAGUGCUGCUUUUAUUCCCAUCUCUUCAUCUUGUCAAGGCUGAGAAUGAAUGGCAUGCCCGGGCCUUUGCAUGCAUCAUCUGUCACUUACACUACAGUAUUUAAAAUAUGUCUCUUCAGAAAACUGUUCGAUCUACUAUUGGUAAUUUAUCAGUGAUAUUAUUAUCUUAUAAACUGUAUGUAUUUUUGGAUGAGAAGACAUUAAAACCCUUCAAAUUUCACUGACAUAGUGAUCUGAACAGUAACAUGUUUGGGCUGGUUGAGAUAGCAGGUCAAAAAGUUAUAUUCAUGAUAGUUUGAGAAGAGCAAAGAAUUGUGGAUAUUCUGAAAGCAUUGGUAGGUCUCUGAAAGAGUUGAAAAGCUGUAUUGCACAUAAAUGCCUGUGGGUAUUUGUAUGCGUGUGUGUUUGUUUGAUUUCCACAGUUAAUAACCUGAAAGGAUGUAAGUGCUUUUACACAAUAUACAGACAGAAGUGGAGCCUUGGAGCCUUUCGUUUAUCUUUAGGGCAUAUCUGUUCCUCUAUUUGUACACUUGUGGUUGUGGUGCAGCAUAAAUGGUUCAUGUGUGUGCCUUGCCAGUCUUCAGCGUCUCUGCAGAGCCAGGAAACAGCUGGGCUCGAGUGUUUUUGUUCAAACUGCAGCCAUCUGAGUCCUUGGAAGUGUUGUGUUUAUGGUCCAAAGUAUCAAGCAGAGGACACCAUCCUUCAGUGUCAUAACAAGGUUGAAGAGUGGUCACCAGUUGGAUUGAAAGAAUAGUUAAAGAGGAGUUAUAAUACUAAGCCUUCAGGUUUUAAACUGCUCUUCUAAUAGCUUUGUAGAAGCUGUUUUAUGAUCCACUACUCAAAACUCUUUUUGGAAAACCUAAUUUUAACUACUGCUUCCUUAAGGCCUCCACCAGGGUUCUGGAAGCCUUCUCCACUGUUGCCAUGCCACAAAGUCCAAGCAUGUUUGGCCCUUAAUCUAACCUGGAAAGAUUGGAAAAGGACAAAACAUCCCCAUCAAUAACUAACAGAGCAGACUUUUCUAGUUAGCAUUAUGUUUAUUAUGCCCUUAUAAAGAGAUUUACCAAUUGGUGAUGUCACAGAUUGUACAGAUCUGGGGCUGCCCUCUCUAAAUCUUCAUGUGACUUUUUGUUCAAGUCAUUCAGAGCAGCCUGUGGCCUAAUUUAUGGACAGCUACGCUACAUUUGCAUCAUUUGAAACUUUACCUAGCAACUUAACUCAGUAUUGAUUUAUAAAAGAUAAAAAUGCAUAAUAUAACCACUGAAAAUGUCCAAUGAUAAGUGUUUUUAUGUGACACAACAAAUCCCAAGAUUCAUUGCGUACCAGCUCAGACAAGAAAGCAAAUUCUGGAGCAGCCGAGUUGCACACUCUCAAUCGUAAGUGAACUUUUUUGGUGGUUCUGAUGCAGGUCUCGUUGUUGCAAGGUGACAGGAGCAGCAUGUAGACACCAAAGGGUAAAGGCAAGGACAACAUGGAGGCACAAACAUGUAAUCGUUUGUAGAUAAGACCACCCCAUUAAGUUAGGCCUGAGCGAUCUCCCAGCCUGGUUCAUCAUAGGCUGUGUCCUUUGAAGCAUGUGAUUGACUUGCAAGACUCUUACGGCAUUAUCAUGUGUGUCAUGAAGCCAAAUAAGAGCUUGUAGUGAUAACGUUUUAUCGUAUUCAAAAUCUUCCUGUAAAAAUGAUUGGAGAUAGCCUUAAAUUUCAAUACAGAAUAAUCUGAGAAAUUGUUUAUAAUCAUUUACAUUUAAUUCUUUAUGAUAUGCCUGUCUGGAGUGGUUUGCAUACUGACCUUGGGGAUGACAUGACUCAUUACCACUCACUUAAUCAAAACAAAAAAACCCAGUAGCCUGAUUGACGUGUCAGCACUCAAAGUGUUAUCAUGUUGAUGUCAGCCUGGACAUAGAGAUUAAUGAAGCUGCUAGCUUUGCAGCAGCUCAGUAGCUCAGAACGAGCCCAUUCCCAACUAAUGAUAGACUUAACCCAGUACUUGUAUAGUAAGAGUUUUACUUAUAGGCAAUAAAUUGUUAUAUUGUGGUUUUCUGGACUCUAGAUGUGAUGCUUUGCCACAAAAAAAAGCAUCACUGCCAUAUUUUCAUGCAGUAAAGUCCUCCUUAAGACUCAAACAUAGAGCCUUGUGUUGCCAGAGCUUCUCAUUAUUAACUGCUGCUUAACAACCGUAAGCAUGUGUGUCUGUAUGUGUGUUUGUAUUGGACUGAUCUCAGGAUUAACCCCAGGCAGACCUCUCUCUGUCCUUCACCUGGUAAACCCCUCCGUACCAAAAUGGAUGAGCCUCUGUGUUUGUCCGCAUUCAUCAAAGUGUACUGUACAUGCAGUUGAUAAGUGCAAAGCUGUGGUUUGUUUCCUCUGUUUCCACUUAAUUUACCGGUGGGGAAACUUUCCAACUUUGGGUGUAACUGCUGUCACAAUCUUCUCAUAUUAGUGAGCUACAUUGCAAAGAAAGUGAUUUUUUUUCUCCCUCUCUUCCUUUUUGUUUCACUGCCCAGAUGGCAGGCUGGGCUAUCUGCUGCUAUGAUCUAAGUGGUAAAAUACCACCAUGCUGGGCAAGUUCCCCAAGCAUGAAAGGGGAAGAAAGAAAUGACUUUGAAACUGUGGGAAGAUGGACAGAAAAAAACAUCCCAAAGGACAAGAGAAGGGGGAAAGAGAAAUGAGCACACAGAGACUGAGGUGGAGAGACAGAGGUUAAAAGACAGGCAGCUGAAUUUAAGGUGAAAGUGUGAGGACUGAGAGGGGAGGGAGGAGAGGUGCAGAGAAAAAGGGAGAGAGAGAGAGAGUGCUUUAUUUCCUGUCCUCCAUGAAUAGGCAACAUAUUUCUCUGGAACAUUCCAUCCUCUGAGCUGGCCCGGCCUGUCACCAAGACUCUGGGUGCCAUACUCCUCCCCAUCUCCACAUUUCUUCUCAUUGCACUCUGCCUCACUCCUUUCCUCCUUGACAUAUCAGCUACUUCUUGAUUUUGCCGUUGUCUUUCCCCUUCAUGACCAUCUUUCCUCUGCAAUAGUGAGCUCACUUUAGUGUUUUGUUUAGAUUUGUCUGACCAACACCAAGAGGCAGAAAAAAACCCAUCAAAUUCUGUAAGUGAAAAGAUCUAAUAUUUGGUAUAAAAUUGUAAAAAAAUUAACAUGUUUUUAUCAAAAAAUAAGAUGUCAAAAAGGAAAAGCAAACUGCACAUUAUGUAUUGAAGGGACAAAUGAUUCAAACACAAAAACAUCAUCACCUCACAAUGCUAAAGCUGAUUGGAUUAACAAAUAAGUAGCGUAGAUGAUUGCAGAAGUGGUACCAGAGAUAUGUAGGAACAAACAAGAGUUAUAUUAUGAAUGCUUUAGAUAGCUCUGUGGUUUAAAUGCUCUAAAUAACAAAAGCUGUGUUCAGCAAAGUCUAAAUUUAUCGCAGUUUAUGAAAAGACCCCCAUUAAAUCACUCAAUAUUAAUAGUCUCUUUAUGUAAGUGGGGUUUCUACUUUGCAUAAAUAGGGAAGAGAGCAGAAGUACAUGUACAGUACUCACAGGCAUACGAGCAGUAAUUAAAUGCUGUGAUUCAAACAGACAUGUCUCUUUAGCUUUGGGUCGUAUUUAUCAACUCACAGCUGGUCAAAUAUUCCCAUUCAGAGAGGGUUCAUCUCACCAGAUUGUUAAAGAGCUCUGUAAAUGUAAAUAUACAGAAGUCUUCCUGGGUGGGAAAACAUCUUGAAUGAAUCUGCUGUCUGACGGUGUUUAGACUGUGGUUUUGGAAUCUCUGAUGGGAAUAGUCAAAUUAGCAGGUGAAACGUCUUAUUCUCCUCGACUGUAAAAUCCUAGCUGGAAGGAGUGGCACUUUGAAAUGAGGUUUUUUGAGGCUGUAUGGCUUGUGCUAUAGCGCCCUGAUGUCUUUAGUUUCCUAAGCUUUUCUCUUAGUUAUACUGUUUAGUGAAGGCUGUGUGUAAAAUGGAUAAUGUGCAAUAUACAGUGUGCUGUUUGUGGUUUUCUUUGGUAUGUGUUUCUCUGUUUAGCUCUGAGUUGCCUGAAGAUAUUAUAGUGGGUCAUACUACUAUGGAGACAGUUGAGCAUAUAUAUACAGCAUCUGAGGCAAAUUUCCCAAAAGGGACAAUGAAGUGUUUAGUAUCUUAUAGUGCUGUAUCGUAAAAUACUGUAUCACAUUGUACUGUCUCACAUUUUAUGGUACACUGCAUUGCAUCGCAUUGCAUAAUAUGUGUGAAGAUUCUGGAGAAAAUGUCAAAAAUUGGAGCAAUGUAGGAAACCGCUGUAAAUGAUUUUUUUUUUUUAAAUAAAAUAAGACUAAGACAGAAAGCAUGUGCUAUGGAAAUUAUGGGGAGCCAGUUUUUAAUCCGCGUUUAAACCCUUUCAGCGGUGUUGCACAGAAAAAGAAGAGUUUAAAAAAAGCUUUGAAACGCCUUUCAUGGUCAGUGUGGGCACAAAGUAAAUUACAUGCACUGAUUGUUGUCACUGUGAACAUAAAUCUUCAAACACAUCUGUCUCAUUACUCCAUAUUCAUUUACUUAAAUGUUACAGUAAAAUUAGAAACGUUGCAUCACAAAAUGCAAUGGCUCUGAAACAACACAGCUCUGUGCACCACCGAGACACACUUUUCCAUCAGUGUGCUACUAACACACACUCGGACAUACCAGCAGAAACAGACACCGUAACACGUGUGUCUGUGCCUCUUUAAACAUGUUCAGUACACACAGCCCCCCUUCACACACACAAAAACACACUUUCCUUUCCCACCCUUCCUCCUCCUCCUCCUCCCCUCUUCCUCUCCUCCUUUUGUUCUCUUCCCCCAUGAAGAGAAGGGUGAAUUGGACCUUGUUUUUGAUUACCAAAACUGUGGCAAACGGAUUUUCACAAAGUACUUUUGGUUUGGUAGAGUGAAGAACAGAAGGCUCUUCACUUUUCAGGGCCGAGACUGUGGAGUGUUGGUGGGUAGACUGGUCCUGAAAACACAGCUGGUGUCACUUUGAGAGGCCCAGUAAAAACAAGGUUCAUGUGAUGGCAUGUUGAGAAGUAUUUCACAUACUACAGUAAAAAACCCAACCCAAAUACUGUCAUAUUGAUACCAAACCCAACACUAUCAUACUCUCUAUUCAAGAUUACAUCAAUACAUGUGUUUGAUGGAAUGUGAGCGAGUGUUUUCAAUGCCUCUUUCUCCUCAGCUGCACUUACUGUGCCCUUGAGUGGAGGAGGGGCCUUCACAGAUUAGACACACCCCUUUUUUCCAUAUAUGGAAGAUAACACAGGCUCUUAAAGGAACAGAAGUGUGUGGAUGUGUUGUUUUGUCGUCUGGAGCACAAGUUCUUAAAUAACAGUGCUGGUUUGGAGCAGAAAGUGCUCAUUAUUACAGUUUCCACUAGCUUUGCUGUUAAAAAAAAACAGCUGCCAGUCUUAUUUCCUAUAGGAAACCUAGCAUCUCCUCUAUCUUCUGCCAUCUGUCUCUCAGUUUACCUUCCUCUGUCUGUUUUGUGGUCUCUUUGCCUUCAACCCCCUCCUCACCCUCCCUUGUCCCCACAUCUCUAUAUUUGGAGGCAUGAAGCUGAAGCUGUCUUGCACAUGCACCAAAACAACCCUGACAUACUUUCAUACCAAUCACACGCUGCAUCUAUCCGCAGGGACAGAUCAUAGCCCCACUUCCAAAGAAGUUAGGAUGCUGUGUAAAAUGUGUAUAACUGUAGAUCAUGUAGAUCCUGCAUUUAAUAGAAAAUACUACAAUGACUGUAUAUUCAGUCUUGAAACUGUCAAAUCUAUUACUAGCCAUUUAUUCCAGUUUUAAAUGUGGUGCCCAGAACAUGUUUCAAAGAUAAUGUCCCCAAGCAUAAUGUUCCAGAGAAAAAGUGUUUUCACUUUUACACAAUACAACCAAAAAUUCAGAGAAUCUGGGCAAAUCUUUGUACAGAAGGAACAAGGCCGAAAACCAGUACUGGUUCACCAUGACCUUCUGCCCCUCAUGCAGCGCUGCAUUGAAAAAAGGCAUGACUCUGUCGUGAAAACCUCUGCAUGGGCUGAAAAUCACUUCCAUAAUCUAUUACCUGUGAGUGCAGUUUGCUAAUCCACCUUUGUGUAACAGGUCAAAACAUAUUUGAUACAAAUAUUUCAGUUUCGAUUUCUGUUUUCACUGACAUUUUACAUACUGUCAAGACUUUUUGGGAAUUGGGGUUGUGCAUGUAGAGCUAAGAUGAUAAAUCAACCUUUAGUUGAUUGUACAGGUUUCAUAGUUUUUCAAUAAACAAAGAAAAAUAAUUAAAGCUCCUGUAAGGAACUCUCUGUUUCUGACCUUAAUUAUCUAAUAGUAAUGUCUUCUACCAAAAAUAAUAAACGUAUCAUUUUGACAUUUGACAAUCAAAUGUAUCAUUUAUUGAAAUAUUUUAUGGGGAAAAUGUAAAAACAGGGCUUUUUGUUUAGCUACUCAGAUGACACCUUACCCCCUUGCACCAGUUUCAGCAAUAAAUAAUAAAUAAUAAUAAAUUCUGAUAUGACAGUCAUCAAUGCUGUCACUGAUGGUCUUGUUUGCUUUUACACAUCAUAAAAAAAGCAACAACAUGAAUUUCAGUCUAUUCUAUUACUGUCAAAAAACUCCUCCUCAGCUUUAAUGAGUUACCCCAAAGUUUAAAAACUCCCUUAUUGUGCAUGUAUGCAUGCAGACUGGUGGACAGUUUAACAGCACUGCAACCAUAGUGUGGUACUUUUCAGUAAUGGCGAUGAACAUUUGUGUGUCAUUUGGAAGAAAAUGCAAUCUUGAAAACUAUCAAAGUCUUGAUUCAUCUUGCAGAAAUUUAGAAAGGGUUUCUUUUCUGUUUUAGCUUUUACACCUAGGUUGGUAGAGCCCACAUGAGCUGUUGUUUGUGCAUUUGAAUGACAAACGUAUAACCACAAAUCUUUUCUAUUGUAGUAACAUAGAUUAUGCAUAGAAACCUUUUAUAGCCUUACAAUCUGUACAACCCCUGUACAUAUGUCCUCUUUAUUUUUCUGUCAGACAAAGUUGAUGUAAUAAAAAUAGCAACGACCAGCAAUUGUGUUAUUUACAUCUUGUUUUGGAAACAGCCACAGGUUGCUAGAUAACACAGAGAAGUAGACGUAGAUGAGAAUAAAGACAGUGAGUCAGACACGAAGAAAAAGAGAGCUUCCUAUCAAUAGGUUUGUUUCACGUGUCAACCAGCAGUCAAUAACAAGUCAACCCUGGUUUCCCAAAUAAGGACAAGCCAUAAGCAUGUAGGUGUGUGUUUGUGUGGACAAAAUAUGUGUUCUUGACAGCUCCGAAUGCACAUAGUGCUUUGACUUGUGUAAUCUCCACCCACAAUGUGUGUGUCUGUGUGUGCAUGUGUUUGAGGUGAAAGAGCAAGUAUGCAGUGCACUUGCCGGCAGUGUGUGCACUUUAACCACACAGCUCCGUUCUAAAUAAUUCUUGCUUAGUCAACAUGCUGUUCCUUAUUAGCUAGCAGAUGGUAAAACACACACAAGCACAUACAUAACACACAGCUGAGGGCUCCUCCUGGUACUCAGCUGAUAAACUUUUUCACAUGCACUUCAUUCUUUAUCUGUACUCCAGCCACGGAUAAGCCUUCUUCACAUGUGCGUGGGGAUGCUAUAGGUGCUAUUUAUUUUCUUUUCAUGCUACACAACAGAGCGCCUGUGUGUGAGAGAAUUAGACAGUAAAGAAGGAAGGAGGUUUAUAGAUGUUUGCGUUUCUGUCCUCUAAAACAUCCACACCUUUGUGUUAAUGUUUCUCUUUGACUUGCAAAGAUACACACAUGUGGCUGGCACACUGUGGGAGAGGAUUAGGCAAGUUAAACACCUCACUCAAAACAUGCUUAAAGAUGUCAAGGACACACAUUUAACGCACAAAAACACACACACUGUGCUCUUUGGUCUUUCUACAGCAGAACAGGCCAAGCAGGAGGCAGGAGCAGGUGGGUGGAGUUUCAACUCCCUCCGCUCCUCCCUUUCCUUUACUCUUUGCUCCCAGCCAAUUGGAGCCACAGCCACUACAGCUGACCCCCCUUUUCUCCAGCCAAUCAGCUGUCUGCGUCUCCUCCCACCACCACCACCUUUCUUUCCUCUGUAUGCCUUCACUGCUGAGUGAGCAAAGCAUGCACAGCUCUAUCAGCUGAGAGGAAACCGACAGAAAGAAAAUAGAGAGAGCAGAAGCAAGAGAGAGCAAGAAGAGGGCUGAAAGGAGGGGCCUGAGAGAAGAUAGAGAAAAAGAAGAGAGGGUGAGGUAGAGGAGGGAUGGGAGGAGAGAGAAGAGGGGGGACGCUAGCAUGUGAAGUGGCUUUUGUAUUUGGGAUAUUUUGGAGGGGCGCGAAUGAGAGAAAGGAAGAAGGAGGGCAGGAGGGGGAGCUUGAGAGAGAAAAGGAGAGGAGGGGAAAACGAGAGAUGGGUGGGGGGUUCGAGCUGUCCGUGGGUUUUUGAUGUGUGAGGGUGGAGAGAGGUAGACAGGAAGAAAACAGAGAGAGAAACAGAGGUAGUGUAUGCUGUCAGGACUCUUGAAAACACAAACAGUGGUAGGGAGUGAAACUUGACUUGUUUCUGUCUCUUUAUCAACACCACCUAUUCAGGAAGGAGGAAGCACAAGGGGGGGGAGACAACAAACCGGAAAGUAGAGAUAGAGAAAAAGCAGUGGUAACACAGACAAGGACUGAGAGAAAAGGCAGCAGACUCCCCCAUCAAGCCACCACUCAAAUAGAGGAAGGAAGAGAGCGAGACAGCGAGAUAAAACCCCGGCGUUCUAAAGAGGGUGAGUGUCACAAGUUUUGUCCUGCUCGUUAUGUCAAGUGUACUAAUGUUCCUCCUGUCAUAUUGUCAGCUGGGUCGGGGUGACUCAACGUCUCCUAAAAUGGCCACAUGAAAGGCAGACGGACAGAUAGGGCCGGCAGACACACAGACGGGAGGGAGAGGGACCCCAUGUCAAACAGCAUUCUCAGCAACUAUGUCACUGAGCCAGCUUAGUUUAGACGGCCACAGCCUCUCCAGCUAAAGCUGUGUGUGUGUUUGGUGUUUCCCUGUCUGCUCAGAGGUUUCUACCACCUCCAGUCACUUCUCGUCUUCUAUCUUUAUCUGAUCCUCAAACACACUCACACCACACAGAGGUGGCUGUCAUUUCAUCCCCUUGUGCACUAAGACAUCAGAUUUCCCAACUCUAACUGUAAACCUGUAAACUAAUCAACAGGUGAUUAUUUGCAGGAGCACUUAGCAAGUGUGAGCGUGUGUGUGUGUUUGUUUAUCAACCUCCAGGCACAGCACAGGCUUGGGAGUAGCUCGGGCGGAGUGCUGCUAAGAGCUGAUGAGACAAUCAGGGCAUUUGGGAGGUUGCUAACUUCAUGCAGAUGUAAUCACACCUCUGUUACAGGCAGGGUGAAAAGGGUGGACUGAGGACACGGAGUGAGCAGCUGAGCAUCUAGAGACCAAAGCUUCCACAAAAGGCCCAUUCAAGUUGAAGACAUAACUCAUGUCACUGAUUGAAGAAACAUAAUCUCAGAUAGUUUUUAAACAGGGUGGAGGAUGAGCCUUAUGUGAAAGCCUACCGCUUACAAGAGGUUAUUUUUCGUAAGUAAAAACAUGAAAAGAAAAAUCAAUAUCAAGUUUAUAAUGAUGCAGUUUUUUUUUUCUCUUUUCUCGUUUUUGUUUAAUAGAAAGCUGCCUUCUGUCUGAAUAUCUUUGUUUUGUGCCUGAAGGAUAAAAAUAACCAAAAACAACACAAGCUAUCAAACGUGCUUUUUGGAUUACUGUGGAAUUGCAUCAGUGUGCAGCGUCUCCCUGAACACUAAAUCCUCUGACUAAAAACUAUUAAAGGGGACUGCUAGAGGGGAAGAGACUCUUAAAAUAUCCCUUUUUUUCUAUCAAGAUUUUAAAUUCAUACUCACAGCUUAUGAAAAUAAUGAGAUUAAGGAGGAAAUAGAGAUCAAACAACAUAGGUGUCCAAGGCUUAGCUUUUUGCCAUCAUCUCAGGUAUUUAACUGAUUCACAGUUUUUUGAAGCUAAGUUUGAAGUACACUUGAGGGCAGGGAAACAUGUUGAAAAUGCAAGGAAUUUCCCUGAAGAGCCACUUGUUUUAAAUGCAUGUGCAGUCUACAUACCAGAGAAGUACUGUGUAACAUAAACUGAAUAUUUGUAUUAUAGCAGAAGAAGAGCAUCUGUAAAGGGAGUAGGCAAGUCCUCAUAAAUGCAUACAGCUGUGAACAGAGCAGCUGUUUUCCUCCAUAAACAAUUUCUCAAAGGUGGAGUGCAAAUAAGAGCGUUCAGGAAGGAAGAAUAAGACGCAGCAGCGAUUUGUUUUUUCGGUUUCAGUGUGUUGUUAGUUUCAAAGAUCAGGGUUUCUGUAUGUGUGUGUUUGUAUUUGGCAUGUGGCACUAGUGUGUUGUGAUUGAAUGUGCCCGGGCCAAAUGUCAGGGUUUUUUUCCGAGGAUCGCUGCUGGCUGUGAACUCUACCCUCUUCACUCCCAUACAUUUCACUGAGAGCGGGUUUCUAGGUCAGGGCCAUCAGCAUACCUCUCAAUGAUGAGCUUGUUUAAACCUCUGUUUGUGUGAAUGUUUCAGUCAACCCAUGAGCAGCUCUUCAGAGUUUACAGGGAGCCACGAGGUCUUAAGUGGACAUUGGCCUGCUUUGCAGAUGUUUUCUGUACUCAUGGACUCUUUAGUUGUCACUCCAAUAACUGAGUGUCCCGGUCAAGGAAGUUUCCAGAUGGCUCUUCUUGGAACUAGUAACCCAGGAUAUUUAUUGGUCAUUUACUACAUGGUGAUCAACACUUGGUUCACUUGUGUGUUAGCCUUCAGAACCACCUCUUCGUGUUAAAAUUAAACGCCACUUCUGCUGUCCAUAAGUCAUCUGACCCAAGACUUCCGGCCUUUGACCUCUUGACUCCACAGUCCUCCCUGGCCUAAAGGAAAACACUGACUUGCACAUAUUUUAACACACAUCAGAAGUCAAAUAUCCUCCUUGAAGGAUGUGACCAUUCACUGAACAAAAUGUUUCAGCUCCACAGAGAGCAUGCCUCCAGUCAGGGGUGGGGGUGGGGGGAUGAACCUUGUGACCCAAGUCCUUCUAUAUAACUGAGUGAGACAGCAAGUGUUAAAUGAUGCAGUUUGUUAGACCUAUCUGAAGUCUAAAUUCUGCAUUUGAUAUUUGUUGUUUGAGAUGGCUGACCAGUCUAAAAAUCUCUGCGUGGAUAUUUAAAUGGCACGCCUUUUUCUCCUCCCAUUGUUCUCCCAUCAUAAAAAUGGGAAGCCAAACAUUUUUAUAUUGCACUUAUGAUUUAUUUGUAUCCAACACAUGCACAGAAGUGAACUGGCUGGUGGAGGGUUGAUGCCACACCCCUUCUGCUAACCUUUAACUUUUAGACAAACCAAAGACCCCUCAGGUCUGUACAGUCCAUGACAAAACAGAUAGUAUUGAUUUUAAAGCUGCUAUAACGAGUUUUUUUUAAGAAAUACAAAAGCAAACAAGACCAUAGUGAAAAGAUUGUUGUCUAUUAUUUUUAUUUUUUUCUUAGCAAAUACUGACCACUAACAUACAGGGAUGAAUUUUGUUCACUUUAUUGUGCAAACAUGCUUUAUGAAGCUUUUUCUGUGAAUUAGCUGGGAGUUAGUGUAAUUUGAAAUGGUUCACUGAUACACCGAAAGGGUUGCCAUUUAGCACAGUUUAUUGACACAACAUGUACUAUACCCACAAAGAUUUAAGUCUGUCCUCACACCACACUGGGUAGUUCCACCUGCUCGUGAUGUAUUCAUGCCCUCCUCAAGGUUUCCUACCGGAAUGUUGUUUCUUCCUGUUUCCCCCAUCCCUCUGCUCCUCCUCUUUUUCUCCCCGUCUCAGUCUAGCAGUUUCAGUGUUGUAGGGCGUCUCUCAUUCCUUUGUCUGUCAUCUCCUCAUUUCCACUCUCCUUCUUUCUCCUCUGACUGAUUGCUCGCUGCUGCACAUCAAGAGAUGCUGCAGAUGCAGGUUGCACCUUGCCUGCAAACCCUCACUGUCAUCCUAAGCAGCAUUCUGUCAGUGCGGUGUGAAGUGUGAUUUUGAGGUAUGAGCUAUUGUUUGCAAAUGAAUUUUUUAUUUUAUACUCUAUGCACUUUAUCAAUGAAUGUUUUAAGCUAGCAGAGGAGUAAAAUGGUCCGAAUAUGGAAUAACUGUUUCAGAACUGGUGUUUGGUUGUUGGCACUGGUUGAGGGCAGGUGCGAGUGUAUUGAAACCACUUCAAUGUACAGAGAUACAGAAGUAGAGUUCUGAAGUUUUCAUUUUGAGCUGACACAGACACACAAAAACCUGAAUCCUUUCUUGGGGUAAAGCCAAGGUGUUUCUACUCCUUUCUAGGCUCCUGGAUCAAACCUGGAAAGAGUUGGGCGGUCUCUGCCAGCCUCUGGCUCAGCUGGUUCAGAAUAAGGUCAGAAAUCCAGUGGGAACUUGCAGAGAACCUUUGGUACUUCCAGUGAGCUCUGGUAUAGGCAAGGACUAUUAAUACUCAAUGCUGACUCCUCUCUCAUACUUAACCCAUCCCCCACUCCCCGUUUUCCUGCCUCUGGGUGCUCACCCUCAUGGAGACUCCACCUGCCUGCAGGGUGUACAAACAGGUCGAGGUGAUCACUUGUGAUCAGUGGUGUUAUCUGAUGACCUCUGUAGAGGACGUGCUGUCUAUCUGUUGUUACUUGGUAAUGAUAUUUACCAGAUAUACCUGUUUGACUAAGACUGCAGUGUCCUGAGAAAUAUCAGUGUAACAAUCAAAUGCUCAAUAAAUCAAAUCCUAACUGACACAUUCUUCUUUACAAAUGUCGCUCCCAGCAAACAGAGUCUCUAAUAUAAAUUUUAAGAGUCUUUUUUAUGAUUCCUUUUCUUAAUAGAAGCCUAAUGCAGGAAAGAAAACACUAAGUUUUUUGCAGUGGCUAUUAUAUGGCAUACAGCUAAAGUAGCAUGCAGUUUACCCAGAUUUAUCUUUUCAGUAUAAAGAUUCAAAUUAUUAUUUACCAUUCCUAUUUGUGUGCUUGUGUAAAAUUAUAGCUUUUCCAAAACUUGUAGGAGGCACUUUGGAAAACCUCCUCAAUCUGGGUUUUCCCAAAAGCAUUGUGGUAUGAAAGCUAAGGGACCAUAUGUCAUGUGUGUAAUUACAGGUGAUAAAGGCUUUGUUCACUCGUUCCUUGAAUCAUCAUGUGAAUCUUUGUUUGCAGUGUUAGGGAAACAAUAUGGUGGGAUUUAUUUUAUAGCAGUUAGACUACAUCUGUUAUAAUGCUUAAAGGAGGUUUUGUAGAGUCUGUUGGGAUCAAACAAGCACCAACCUUGGGUCUUGGGAGAUGACGCCAUUGUGUAAGUACUAAAAAGUUAGGUUGAGUAAGCAUUUCCAGGAUGGCAUCUGGUGUACAGGGGCUCCAAAACUCUGCUUCAGGAACCAAGGGUUGACAUCACUGAGGCUACAACCAUUGUUUUUUGAUCUGGAUCACUUUACCAUGGCUGGCAGAUGUCUACCCGGUUUUUGAUGAAGUUGAAGAGUGCAUUGUCUCAUAUGGAUGGAAAAGAAAACAAAACUCAAUACUCAGUCAUCUCAGCACCAUCAGCCAGGCAAUUUCAACACAUUUGAUUGAUUAUGUUGAAUACAGGCAGUGCCCCUCUGGAUUAGUUACCUACUUUUACAGUAUUCAACACUCUGUGCACUUUCACCAGCGUACACAUUACAAGUGUAUUGAAAUCACCCACUGUAUGAGCAACUUUCAUAAUCUGUUUCCUCUUUCUCAGAGGUAUUUUCCUUCCUCUUACUUGUUCUGUACGCAUACGUCAGCGCCUCUGUGCUCAUAAUGGGUCUCUUCAUGCGUCGCUGAACUUUCGUCAUGUUGAUUUAAAGAGAAUUACAAACUAAGUGAAGUAACCAGUUACUAUCAUGUCUUUCUAAAUAGGAACUGACAGCAUUUCUCUUCUUCUCUUCUUUACAUGGUUGCCAGCUGGGUGUUUGUCAGAUUAGCUUUCUUGGCUUUUUAAUAAACUCCUCCAACUGUCAAAUAAAAAAAAUUCAAGCCUGGGAUUUAAUUUGUUAGCACUUCAAGUGGAUUCUUUUGCCUGCUUUAGGUUAACACCACAAAGGCCCUUUUUUAUGGACGUUUUUGGCCGGGUGUUCACACCUCAUGGAGCACAGCCAUAUUUUUCUGUUUGAAGUUAUUUUCUUGGAGGAGCAUCUUUGCAGAUCUGUCCCUGCCCCCCCCCCAACACCCCCCACCGUCCAUCCUCUCUUCUGUAGCGCUGCCUCUCUUUCUCCCUCUUUGUGGCCAAGCACAAAGGAGCUGUUAUCCUUGGGCUACUGGUUGCCAUAACAACAGCUCACUGUGACUCCCCCCUCUCUUUUAACAUUCCCAAGUUCUGGUCCAAGUGGGUCGGUAAACGUCCUGCUUCUCUUGGCCUUGCAGCAGUUAGUGCCAGGCUAGAACCCUAAAUAUCAACUUCCUGGGGGCCCCGAUGUUUGAUCCUCUAUGGUGUUUGAUCCGCUACUAAGAGUGUGUGGGUUUUUUUAAAUCAAAAUGGGGUUUAAGGUUAUAAAAAAUAAAACAAAAUAAGAGGUUUUUUUUUUCAGAUGUACCUCUCUAAUUUCUUUGAGUCCACCUUUUGUUAUUCAUGUUUUUGUAUUGUGUUUUCAUGAAGUGAUGAGACAAACGCAAAAGACUGAGCACUGAUUUGCUUCUUUCUGUCUCUGUCUCAUCAGGAAUUCUGGGUGGAAUGACUCUGCCAUGACGCCACAGCUGUUUCACACCCCACGCCCAGGUGACCAAGGAGGGUGUGUCUGCUUUUCAGUCUACCAGAAAUGGAUCCCCUAUAGAGUUACCUACAACUCAGGUUUAGAGACAUUUCCUCUUCACGACCUCCUGCAUCACUGACACUCCAUCUUCAGGUGAGGAUAAGCCCUCCAGUUGUUGGCUGCAGAUCAGUUUGUAUCAAACAUCUUUCUUAAAUAAUCAAGUAGAAUGCAAUUAAUAGUUUGUUGCUUCUAAUUUCUUAAAAACACUCACUGAAAAAACUUUACACAAGCAUAUAAACAUAAUACACUAUAUAAAAAAACAACACUUUCCUAACUUCAAAUCCUAAAUGAGAAGCAAAUCUGUCAUAUUGCCAUUUAUUUAUUUAUUUUACUAAUAAAUCACCUACAUUGUCUUUCAUUGUUUCCUCAGGCUGUAGCUCCCAUUCCCACCACCUCCACUCCUGCUCCUCUUGGAGUCCUUAUUGUUUCGAUUUCCUAUCUUGGGAUGUUGGCGUGGUUUCAUGGCAGCUGCCAUGGAGAUGGAUUGGUUUCGUUAGUCGGCUAUUUUGAACACAACCUCCAGAUGUUGGGCCAUAUGCAAGUUGUCCACACGGGCAGAAGUAGACAAGGACGAGCACAGAGGUGAGAUUUGGAUCUGAUUCUGUUAACUUGGAGAGUUUAGCUUUUGCCUUGCCUAAAUUGCUUGGAUUGAAGUGUCCCCUCAGAGCUAUUAAAGCUGCUUUUGACCUUGACCAUUCAAACAGGAAGGAAAACAGCUCUUUAUGUUGAACUAAACUCUAUGAUGAAUGUAAGCACUUGAGUUCACCCCUGAUUUAAUGACAGUAAUGCUGUCUGAGGUCGGAAAAGGUUGUCUUAACUUUGAUAAAUUCCACCAUUAGUUCAUAAAGUUGUGAUAAAAGUGUCAUCUUAGUUUACAUGGAGGGAAGUGUUUCUAAACUAACAAUCAGUGGAGUUCCCUACAGUCACAAUAAAAAAGGAUUAACAUUUUUAAUUAUUAUGGUUAUUGUUAAUCACUUAAUGGAAAUCCAUCCUGAAAAAAAACUGUUCUGUCCUCUCAGGUGCUGUGCAGCUCAGCUUCCUGAAUCCCGUUUGUCAACUUCCCAGCAGGAUCUAUAGGACGUCUUGCUCUGCCUCCUGACACUUGUGAGGAACAACCAGACCUUGUUGCGUAAAAAGUUAGUCAGGACUCUUACCCUACAGCAAAGUCACCAUGCGGCACAUCCACGUGGAACUAGCCCACAAAAAGGCUCCAUUAGAACUCCCAGCCCAGGAGGGGGACCUGCCUCCACCCACAACCCCAACACAGGGACUGGACCCCGGGGUCAGACCAGGGGCGCCCAGGCACUUUGGCCAAGAGGAGUUGCGGCUUCAAAAGGUCUAUCAGCUCUCCAUUUUCUCCCAGUUGGGGGGAUUUUCUACCUCCACAGAAUCCCACACUGAUACUGCACAGAGACCAGUCCGGUUGGCUGUGAAAAGAGGGCUAGAGGAGCCCCAAGUGACUCCUAAGCGACCCCACCUGGGUGACUGCUCAGACCAGGAUAUAUUAGAAGGAGGGGUCCUUUGUGGGCCUGCCCCAGCUCAAGGUGUUGGGGUUGGGUUAGUAGCAGGCCCUGGUGGGGUUGGUUCUGUUUAUUCUUGCACACAGCUAGAGCACAGAGACUCUGAGGGGGGACUGUCACCCAGGUCUCCUUCCCUCUCCCCAAUCCACAACCCUUCCCGACGCCCUACGCAGCACAAUCAUGACAGGCCCGUUCCUGAUGUAUUUGCUCCUCUCUCGCCCAAAUCCCCCCCAAUGUGUGACCCACAUGGUCACCUCUCCGACCAGGGUUAUUCCCCUGGGAGCUCAGCCAGAACUGAAACUCCCAAUGGGGGCCGCACACCCACAUAUUCAAAUGAAAGUUAUAGUAACGGCUCAUCUGGAGGUCAGCCCAGUCCUCACUUAUAUGAAGUGUCCACUUAUGAGACUCCCAACCCUGCUAGCCCCACCAGCCCCCCAGGCCCUUUCUCCCCUCCACACCACACAGAGUUGCAGGAGCCAGGGGAGGCCACCGAAUGGGACGUUGGACUAGAAUCCUCCCCACCCGAGAGAAGUGCCACCCAGGCUGCAUCCUCUCCCUCUAAUGGCCUGGCUUUCUGGGAGAAAACUCCCAGCAGUAACAGCCACCGUCUCUCCUCUGGAGGCCACUGGCCGGCCAAGAAAAGGCUACUAUCCCCGAGCGACACGGGGGACUCAUGUUCAGAAGAUGAGGGACCCUCAACAUCAAAGAGGAGCAGGCUGUCACUGCUGGCUACAGGACUGGGCCCGGCUUCAUGUCGCAGCACUGAUGCUAAAGCUGCACCUUACUGGAACCAUCUGCUGCCCUCUGCAUGGGACCGACCCAAGGUUAGCACCAUUACCAGCAUACACAGACACACACCGCUACCAGAAAUGUUCUACUGCACUGGCAAAUAGUUCACAUUUGUUCUUUUUUUACAUUGAUUGCAACAUAGCAGCUCCAGCUAAUUUACAAGUUAGCGUAGCACAGAUGGUAAAGAUGACAUUGAUCACAUUGACUUUAACCAAACUUUGCACUUUUAGUAGCAGAAACUCAGUUAGCUUCUUUGAUUUUAUUUUUCUAAGCAGCAAAAAGUCUAAAAUUUAUGACCCACAAAAAUGUACCCUUGAGUCUUUGACUACAUCAGUUAAAUGUUUAAAAGAAAUAACCGUUAGGGAGUUGUCAGUUGUCUUUUUUAUGUUCAGAUUACACAGUUUUCCAACCCUAAAUUACUACCUCAGAAGGGAAGCUUUGGUAUUUUUAUUUAGGCAUACAGCAUGAGCACAUUUGUAUGCUAAUACUGUCCUUUUACAGCUAAAAACUUUGAGUCCACCGUAUACUGAGGCUCCUAAAGCUUUAAGUUCUGUAAAAAGAAUAGCUGUUCAGAGAAAGUGUUUGAUGGUAAGACAUCUUUGAGCCUUGACAGCGUCAGAAAGGAGGCUGAUGCAUAAAUAAAGGGAAACUAAGAGAAGGAAUAAAAGUGAAAGAAUGAAGUGAAGGCCGGUUCAUUAUCGCACCAUGCUGGAAAAGGCAGAGUAGCUCGAGAAUAAAGCCCAUUGAGGGAGGCUCCAUUGUUCCCUCACACGAGUGUGCUCUGUCUCUCACACAUGUACACACACACGCACAUGCACACACACACGUAUAUGCAUACAUCCUGUUAAAAAAUAAAAGAUUCUGGAAGGUAACUGACUAUUUUUGAACACUGGGAGGCUGGAAAAUGAGUUCACUCAGGGGGACAAUAGGGUUCAUCAGGUCACUAGUUCGGCUUCAUUCAGUGGUGGUAUCUCUGUGACUACAGUUGUUUAGUGUAUGUACGAGGGAGCACAGGCAGAUUUAUUAAGGGAGGACUUGAAGAUUUAAGGACAGAGAAGUCAGUUGACGAUAGAACUAAAGAAAAGAAGAGGGUCUUGACUUCAUCUGGAAAUAAAAACUAGAAAAAGUAAAAAGACACAAAACAGCAAGAAAGAGUAGUAGUCUAAAAUGCUUUCUAUGGUUUUAAGUAAUUGUUACAAUGAGAUGACAAGCUGACGAAGAGCUCUACGGCUAGAAAGCCAGUGUAUCCAAGGGUUAGCUUGUACCAGUAAGCUAACCAUGUGUGAUGGAUUCGCUGUUAGCAAGUGGCCAGCAGGUAGUGUGAGUUUGGCUAGUGAUGAGUCACCUGACAGAUUGCUAGCCCUCAUGAUGAAUAGUAGUCAGGAAAUGGGGAACUUUUUUGUGUCUGAUGCAACGUCCAACAGCCAGUGUUCAGUAAGUAAGAGGACACCCAGAAUAAGCAAUAAAACAUACAAACUAUAUCUGUAUAGAAAUGAAGUGCAAACAAAAUUCAGGAUGUUAAAUGAUGGUUACUUUAAUUUCUUGCUCUUUUUGUUCAGACUGCCACAGACUGCACGAGAUCAGGGAGAAGACUCAAAAGUGGGCUCCGGCUUAAAAGGUGAGUGCUCCAUCCAUUUCAGGCAAAGUCAUUCACUCAUGAUUAUAAAAGUGGCUUUGAAAGGGAUACAGGAAGAAGAAUGUAAACUCCAGCAGGUGCACUGAGUCAGAGUUUGUAAGUGCAUGUACACAUCUGGAUGUUGACUGCAACAGAGUCAACACAGUGAAAGAAGGUGGGAGUCAGCGUAGGUUGCAUUUUAACCUAAAUUAAAGGGUACUUUGUCUGGACUUGAAUACUCAGACACACUCAGAGGCAUGUGACAUGCCAGUUAAGACAAAAUUAGUGUCAUCUUAACCACUAACCAACGGUCUGUUCUGUGUGUGUUUGUGGUCGUAUUCAGUCGGCAGCUGCGCAGCGGGAGACACACAGACAGCAGCCACUCCACGCGUUCCAGCUGGCCGUCAUCAUCCAUCAGUAGAGCACUUCUCGGCAACUUUGAGGUAAAAACGUGAAAGAUUUUUGAUAACUUCCGGAGAUACUCGAAGCAAAUAUGGCAUCAGUUUAAAACGGGUGUGCUGAGAAAUCAAGAUGCAAACCCAGAGUUUAAUUUACAUCAGGCGAACAGGCUGAGCCCCAGUUUUCAAACACAGCAGCUUUUACUCAAAUCUGUGAUGACUUUGACUAAAGGCUUAUUUUGUCCGGAGUAAAUUAUACAUCAAAGGUUAUAGUCUUUCUCUCAGUUGCUGAUUUCAUAGCAUCAUUUAGUUGUUGUGACUAUUACUGUCAGAGACAUCCUACAUACCUCAGCCCAAAAGACCCAAUUAUUUGAUAUCCACAGUGUUAUAGAAUAUAUUCAUAUCCUUUUUCAAAGAGCACCUGUGGUUUAUGAAAUUGUUAAGCCUGGUUAUGGUGUCAUAAUGUCAGUUCACACUUUCAAAAUAUCACUAUCUUGGCUUUUACUGCUCACUGUAUUAUUGUGUACGAUGCUUUCUUGGCUCAUAUGGUAAUUUAAAUACAUGAAAUAUGGCCCCUUUAAUAUUUUACAGUGACUGUGGGGUUCUGUAUUCUCAAAUCUCCGCACAGCAGUGACAGGGUUCCUACGCAAGUAUGAAAAGUAUGGAAGUAAUUUGAUCAAUUUCCAGGUCUUUAAAAGUACGGAAAAUGAAAAAUAAAGAAUGGAAAAAUAUUUAUGUUAACAGACUAUAUUACCACAGUUAUAAAAUACCCUUUUCUAAAAUAGAAAAGUAGGUAUUUCCAAAAAUAAUUCUAAAAAGUAGGGUAUGGAAAAGUAUGGACAUUCCAAAUGUUAACCCUUUCCUGAACAGGCACUAAGUAAAGUAUGAUGAUAUUUAUAUAAAUGACUAACUUCCCUCUUUUCUCCAUUUUGUGUCACAGGAGUCCAUACUGAAGGGACGAUUCUCCCCGUCGGGAAGGAUCGAAGGCUUCACGGCGGAGAUUGGCGCCAGUGGCUCCUAUUGCCCUCAGCACGUCACUCUGCCCGUGCAGGUUACAUACUAUGACAUCUCAGAGCACAGCGCGCCCUCGCCAUUCCUGGUCAGUGUCCUUUGUUUGUAUUCGCCUUAGUUUGUACAAAAGUACACAAUAUUUUGCACAAAUACACAAACAAUGAACCAAACAAAAAACAGACGCUGUUUGUUUCACAUGGGAGGUUGUUUGUUUUCUAGAAUUACAAUAAAUCACUCCUAGAAAGAGCUCAAAGAGAUCCGAGCAACUACCCAAAACAAAUACAGGAUUGGCGUCAAGAAGGUUGAUGUCUGCUCACGUCUUCAGAACCAGAUGUACAAAACCCAAAUGUUUUCAAUGAAGCCUUUUUCUACAUCUGUCAACAACAUCACUUAAUACCACAUAUUCAUCACAUAUUGAUUAUAUACUAGAAAAUUAUCUAUCUUUAGAUGGGACUAGCUUUAAUAUGUGAGUUUAAACCCUGUUUUUUUAGACAUGUUGAACUGUGUUUGCUGUUACCCUGGACCGUUUGGAAACCAGCUGUUGUUAGUUUCUUUGUUCUUCGCCUCAUGUUUAUGCUGACUUAUUGUGUGCUAUAAUUGGUGAAUGUCAAACCUCAUUGAACUCAGUUAUUUGAACUUAAAAUUACCUCUCACCACUGUAUGAUUCAUUGUGUGGCUUCCUUUGUAACAAAAAAAACUUUCUACUUUGGAAUAAGUCAUUGUAUAUUAUUGAUUUUGUUUUUGCUGGGUUGAUUAGGUUAGCUUUACAGGGGCAGACAUGUCUAAGAUUACCUAUUACAAUACUGCUGUCAAACAACUGCCACCUUAUAGUUAAAGUGUAAGUUUAAGCAUCCAACCCACAGCCAGGUUUUGGCAUGAAAGUUCACAGUAGGUGGAGGAAACACAAGAAUAUUCAUUACAGUUAUUGUGAAUGCCAUGUCUCUCUCUGUCUCCCUCACAGGGGGUGAUAUCCCUCGAGCCUCUUGGAAAGAAAGGAUAUAGUAUACCCAAAGCAGGGACCAUACAAGUGGUAGGUUCUCAUAAUUUCCUCAGCAUCUCACUCUGAUCUGGAGAAAAACAGGUUAACUCUGAGUUGUAAUCUCUGUUACUACAGUGAUUUGACAUAAUGAGGUAGAAUUAUGUUGAAUUCAUGAGUGUUGUGUUAAAAGAGGACACGUUUUUGUCAUUUGAGUUUAAGAAAAGGUUUAAUGCAGUCUAAUGUUCCUUUUUAAAAUAUGUUUCCAUUUGUCCUCAGACCUUAUUUAAUCCCAACAAAACUGUGGUGAAGAUGUUCCUGGUGACCUACAACUUCAGCGACAUGCCCGUCAAUCACAUGACCUUCCUGCGCCACCGUAUCUUUCUGGUGCCCGUAGAGGAAGGGGCUGAGGGGAGGAGCGAGGCAUCACCAGGGGGUGUAGUGCUAGACAGGAAGAAGAUUCUUUGCUACCUGAUACAUCUCAGGUAUGGCUGAGUUUCCAGCUGUCUGAACAAGCUUUUGUUCUUACAUUUUGUUUGACUGUGAGGAAAAGUGUCAUAGAGUUGCAAUAAUAGUGUCAAAGUUUAAAGACUGCUGUGAGGAGCUUUGGUGAUCUUGUUGGCAAAGUGGUACGAAGUAAAUGCAUUGAUAAUUAAACAAGGUGUGGUUAAAAAUGUAAAUAUUUUGGUUCCAUUUCUCAGAUUCCAGAGCUCCAAAUCUGGGAAGAUCUACUUGCACAAUGAUAUUCGGCUGCUAUUCUCCCGCAAAUCCAUCGAAGUGGACACGGGGAUCCCUUAUGAGCUGAAAUCUUUCACCGAGGUGCCAAGAAACCCCAAAUACUCCCCCCGUGUGUGACCCCAGCUUGAACCAUUUGACCUUCUCCAACAUCAGUGCAGCCCCUCCUGUGCUUCCUAAAAAGGAGGAAGGGAAAAAGACUGACUGCAAAAAUGAUGGACGCAAAACUUGAUGAGACUUGAUGAGACGCACCACAUGCACAUGUGACACACACCUGCACAUUUAGUACAGUGUUAGGUAGAGUAUCAGUCCUGCUUCUGUGCAUUUGUUCUCAUUUAUAAAAAAAAAAAAAAAGUGAAAAUAUGACAGUUUUGAGAAAUAUGCGUGCAGUCAGAAGCAGGACUUUUACAUCUUCUAAUUCUGUUCAAAAAUAAAAUUGCACAAACACAGACACACACCAAAAUAAACUGACAAGACUUGCACACAGCACAUACUACACACUUCACAACUGAAACACUUCUGGUGUCGACUCUUCAGUGCUAACAUGCAUGCCUUGUGACUAAAACACCUGAAUUUUCCUCUAGUGCCGUAUCACACUGUCCUUCACUCUGCCUGCAGCUUCGUUCAUUUCAUCGGACCAGUUACAUCCAUAAACAUUAAUUGACAAAAGUCCAUAAACAUUUAGCACAUUGCACACCGUCUGAAGUUGAGGAACUGAGACACAAACACUCGUGAAGGUGAAGGCUGAAAAGAAUUAGUCAUUUUGAAUAAAAUGUUUUUGUUGUUUAAAACCAGGUUCACAAGAAAGAUGCUUGUAUGAUUUGACCAAACUCAGGACAUCUGAUGAAGAAUAAUUUCACUUCCCACAGUUUCACAAAUCAUGGUACAUACCACUGUGUUCACUUUAUGCCAGGAGGGUCAUACCAUGCCAUGAAAACAGGGGAAUCCAGUCAAUUUUAUGUAGCCAGACUGAGGGACACUGUGCUGAUUUCUUUUAAAAAAAAAAAAAAAAAAAAAAAAAAGGAUUUUCUUUUUAGAUUCUGCUCAGAACAGACCAGUGUUGGAGCAGAAAAUGAAAAAAACAACAAGCUGUAGUAGUUUUUAAUUUAUGUUUUUUCGCAAAUGUCUUAAAAAGCAAUAUGCUGCACAAAGUAGAGUGUGUUUUUCAGCCAGACGAGCUUUCUCUUUGGAGGUGGGGAAUCGAGAAAGCAAAGAACUGGGAGUGAGGGAAGGAAAGGGAGUGAGGGAGGGAAGGGUGGAUGGGUAUUUAAUACGGGGGGAAAAAAGUCUAUGUAUAUUUAAAAGAAUAAACUCUGCGACUGGCGAGUAGCACCUGGUUAUUGUUUGUUGCCUUUUUUUUAAAGCUCCUGUCAUUUUUUUUUUACUUUUUAGCAACAAGACAAACUUAAAGCUCCCCCUCCCCCAAGCACCCUCUUUCAACAAAGUAGUCAUUAUUAUCUUAUUUUGGUUUGUCCUUAUAUUAUUUUGCAAAAAAACCCAAAACCUCUUCUGUUAUCUUUUACAGUGGAAUUCAGCCCUUGUUGUGAAUAUUAGGGGAAAGUAAAAGCUCCUUGAGUAUAUAACUAACCCCUCACAGCAAUUUCAGGCUCUUAACAACACAACGUAGACAUAGUCAAUCAUGUCUCUAUUGCUUUUAUACAUCCUAAGGACACAUCACUGUUCGUUUGAGUCUGCUUCAAAAACUUCUCACUGUAACUUUAAAUUAACAGUGAUGCCAUUCUGUGAGCUGCAAAAACAAACACGAACAUCAGUGAAAUGAUGAUCAUAGUAAUCCGUAAUGUCUCAAUCAAACUAAUAAACCACACUCUACUGAAA